AUGUCUUCCCGCCUCGCCCGUCUCCCCCGGUGGCUGAGCCACUGGCUAGGCCACCGCCCCGAAACAACCAAACCACUUCCACAAUAUCAAAUCGCCCUAUGGUCCUUCAUAACCGCCUUCUGCGGCCUCUCAGUCCUUCAAGCAAUCUUCAAUUACUCAAGUUACUUCCAAGACCGCCACGUGCCCGGCAUCGUCGCAUCCUAUGGUGCAUCCGCCGUGCUUGUCUUCGGCGCAAUCGAAAGCCCCCUCGCCCAGCCGCGCGCGCUGGUCUUCGGCCACUUCUUCAGUGCCCUGGUCGGUAUCUGCAUCACCAAGCUCUUCAGUCUGAUGCCUGACCAGGCGCGCUUCGAGUCCCUCCGCUGGCUGGCGGCUUCGCUCUCCACUGCCGUGGCUGUUGUUGUUAUGCAGUUGACUGGCACUACACAUCCCCCUGCUGGUGCGACGGCUCUGUUGCCUGCUACUAAUCAGGAAAUCUGGGAGCUGUCCUGGUAUUUUUUGCCUGUUGUCUUGCUGUCCUCUGUUAUGCUUUUGGUUUGUGCGCUGCUGUUCAAUAAUUUCCAUCGCCGGUAUCCGGUGUUUUGGAUUGCGCCUACGCCACCUAAAGCGGCUGCUGCGCCUGUUGUUUUGCAGAAGGAUGAACAUGAGAAGGAGGAAGAGGCCAAGAGUCCUGUUUGA